UAAUUAUUAUUCUUUACAGCUAUCCUUAUCCAUCUAUUCGUUACACCACCGUAUACCCCUCCCUCGUCCACAUCCAUAUAUAACACACCCAGAACCCGUUCCAUUUCCCCGUUCCCCUUAAUACGUUCCCUUUUGUGUUUUCUGUUGACCCUUAAUUAAAGAAAUCGCCCGUGACCCUAUAAUGUCCAAUAACUCCAACGAGAACCAGGAGCAAGUCUUUCUGGAGGAACAGUUCCGCAACGUGUUCUUCUCAAAGCACCCAGCUGACCCCAAGCGUUCGAGACACCCGCUGGUCCCCACCGAUCCUACUGACAAGUCGCCGGAUAGCAUCACUGCUGCUGCUGCGGCUGCAGUGGCAACCACCACCACUGCUGCUGCCACUUCCGCAACCUCCACGUCCGCGAGUCUGGCCAUCCGCAAGAAGCAUCGCAAGGGUUCCAACGGUCCGUUAGCCAUGGGUGCCAACGCAGCCAGCGUUGUAAACGGCUCCUCAUCAUCUUCUGCCGUUUCACGUCCUCUCAAGAAGAACUUGACCCAUAAGGCGCCAAAGUUCAUUAGAAGAUUCCGCUCAAGAUCCCUCCCCAUCAUAUCAUACACACGAAACUCCCCCUUGGUCCAGUUGACCGCCAGCCACCAUCCGAUGGCCUUACCUCAAUACAAGUCCAACCACAUGAAUGGGGGUCCAUCCCAGCCAACUUCCAACAACAUCUCCUCCAGCAACACUGGAAGCGGUACUGGUGUUGGCAGUAGUGCUACCGGCCAUGGCCAUGGCCACGGGCACGGGCACGGGCACGGGCACGGGCACAUCGCCACAGCCGCACCCUCAUCAUCAUCAUCAUCAUCAUCAUCAGCAUCCCUUACUCCACUCCUCCCACCCAUCAAUUUACAAUCACUCAAAGAAAUCGAUCUCCAUGAAAUCCUCAAGAAUCCACAACUUCGUCAUGACAUUUUGUUUGAUCCACAACUCCAGUUCCGUCCUAAUUUGGAUGGAGAAAGAGGCAAACGUAAGAAGAAUAUCAUUGACAAUUACUGGCUGGAAAUCGAAAAGGAAUGCCAUUCGAUCUUUGUGUUGAAGAAAUUUAUUCAGAAAAACUCAAGAAUCCCCUCCUUAUUCAUCACCUUGAGAGAUAUCUUGUUGUCUUUACUCCCCUACAAGGAUCGUACCAACGUCACAGAUAUCAUGGACAUGGAUUUGCUUGUACAACAGCUUAGCAUCGGCACUUUUGACUUUGUUUCCCUUGCCAACUGGUUGGGCAAAAUCUUUAAAUGUCAUUGUGCUCCAAUGAGAGACAAUUGGGUCACUGAAAUGGUUUCCAAAUUCACUCAGGCCAAUCAAGAAAAUAGUGUUGAGAAACUUGUUUGUGGCUUACGUAUGGUGUUCCUGAUCUUGGAAGCCAUGAAGUUGGAUGUUGCCAACCAUCAGAUCAGAAUCUUGAGACCAGUAUUGAUUGAAACCGCCGUGGAAUUCGAAAAGGAUUAUUUCAGUCAAUUGAUCUCUCAUCAUAAAUUGGACAUUGGUGAUAGUUUGAGAUGGUAUACCAACCAUACCAGUCCUAUAAAGAGUACUGGUAAUUCCUCUCCAUCAUCGUCAGAUUCUGGUCGUCAUCGUCUUAUCUCAUCAAUUCUCUCCCUUCUUUCAUGUAGAAGAAUGGUGAGUGAGUUCCCUUCAACCUUGGCAUUUGAUCAUACUCGUCUCAUCUUACUCAGGGCUGAUAUCCGUCAACUUGUUUGUAUCCAACUUUGUGUUGUCUUGUACAAGCAACUCAUUUUCAACAACACUGAACUUUCUGCCACUGAAAAAUCAAAGGCAUUAUCUCCUGAACUGGUAAGUCGUAUCCAAGAAGAGGUUCUUUCAAUAGUUACCGAUGACAAUGGAACAAUCAAAUGGACAAGAAAUGUAAAUGCCAUUGCUCUUCAACUCGUGAAGAACUCUUAUGGACAAAAGCUUAACCAAUCAAAGAUUGAGUUUCUGUACCUGUGGUUGAUUAAACAAAUCCAACCUAACCUGGAAGUGUAUGGCUUGAUGGAAGAAAAAAUCUUCAAAGAAUUGUUAGCUGAUAUCUCUGCCAAUUUGAAGAAUAUGUCGUCUUCCACCAUCCAUGGCACUGCCAACAAUACCAACAAUAACACCACCACCAACACCAGCACCACCACCUCCUCAAUGGGGGGAAGCUCCGCUUCCUCAUCCACACCACUCUCCAGCAUUCCUCAGAUCAUCAGCGGCAAGAAAUUGCCCUUGUCCAAGAACAUGAGCACCACUGGAUCAAAAAUCACAAACAUGGCCGCCGCUACGACGGCCACGUCCGAAAUGUCCAAUAUCACGACCCGUAUCGCUACGUUGGUCAAGUUCCACUGGAACGUGUUUGGACUGUACUAUACGGACUACUUAAACGCACAACAAUAAUGGGAAAAUACGAAAUAUAGCAUAUGUACAUUAGUACUAAUAAAAAAUUACAAAAGGUUUAAAAAGAAGAAUAUUUACAUGUAAGUGUUUCUCCCUUCCCAGCUGGGAACAGUACUAUUUUAUUAUCUC